AUGCAGCCCUGGGCGCUGGUGCUGCUGCUGGGCGCGCUCUGCCCCGGCGGAGCCGCUGUCCCGGCCCGCAAUGUGCUGCUGCUCCUGGCCGAUGACGGCGGCUUUGAGAGCGGCGCCUACAACAACUCGGGCAUCCGGACGCCGAACCUGGACGAGCUGGCCCGGCACAGUUUGAUCUUCCAGAACGCCUUCACCUCCGUGAGCAGCUGCUCCCCGAGCCGGGCCAGCAUCCUGACCGGCCUGCCCCAGCACCAGAACGGGAUGUACGGGCUGCACCAGGACGUGCAUCACUUCAACUCCUUCGACGGCGUGCGGAGCCUGCCCCGGCUGCUCAGCCACGCUGGCAUUCGCACAGGGAUAAUUGGGAAGAAGCACGUGGGGCCAGAGGCUGUGUAUCCCUUCGAGUUCGCCUACACCGAGGAGAACAGCUCAGUCCUGCAGGUGGGGAGAAACAUCACCCGCAUCAAGGAGCUGGUCCGGCGGUUCCUGCAGAGCCAGGACGAGAGGCCUUUCUUCCUCUAUGUUGCCUUCCACGACCCCCACCGCUGCGGGCACUCCCAACCCCAGUACGGGGCCUUUUGUGAGAAGUUUGGCAAUGGAGAGAGCGGGAUGGGCUGGAUCCCCGACUGGAAGCCGCAGAUUUUCCACCCGGAUCAAGUGCAGGUCCCUGCCUUUGUCCCGGACACGCCGGCUGCCCGGGCAGACCUGGCUGCCCAGUACACGACCAUCGGCCGCAUGGACCAAGGGAUCGGGCUGGUCCUGCAGGAGCUGCGCCACGCUGGCUUCCUCAACAGCACCCUGGUGAUCUACACCUCCGACAACGGCAUCCCCUUCCCCGGCGGCAGGACCAACCUGUACCGCUCGGGCACAGCCGAGCCCCUGCUGCUGUCCUCCCCUGAGCACCCCCGGCGCUGGGGGCAGGUCAGCCCCGCCUUCGCCACCCUCCUGGACCUGACUCCGACCAUUCUGGACUGGUUCUCCAUCCCCUACCCUGCUUACAGCAUCUUUGGCACGAGGCAGGUGCGGCUCACGGGGAAGUCUCUCCUGCCAGCCCUGGAGUCAGAGCAGCCCUGGGCCACGGCCUUCAGCAGCCAGAGCCACCACGAGGUGACCAUGUACUACCCCAUGCGGGCCAUCCAGCACCGGCACUUCCGCCUCAUCCACAACCUCAACUACAAGAUGCCCUUCCCCAUCGACCAGGACUUUUACAUCUCACCCACCUUCCAAGACCUGCUCAACCGCACCAGGGCGGGGCAGCCAACCCACUGGAGCAAGACCCUGCACCAGUACUACUACCGGGACCGCUGGGAGCUCUUCGACUGCAGCCGGGACCCUGCCGAGAGCCAGAACCUGGCCACAGACCCCCGCUAUGCUGACAUCUUCCAGGGGCUCCGUGCACAGCUGCUCAGGUGGCAGUGGGACACGGGGGACCCCUGGGUGUGCGCCCCCGACGCUGUCCUGGAGGAGAAGCUGAGCCCCCAGUGCAGGCCGCUGCACAACGAGCUGUGA